GACCGAGCAGCGAGUUCAUUUAUUUUUUUUUACUACUCCCCAUAUCUGGAGUUUAUUUUCACUUUAUGGUCAGUACUAUUGCAGUACUGGCUCAGCAUCCUCUGCUCUUCCCUGCAGGGCGUCAAUCAGGGACAAACAGCGGGGCACACGCUGGACUAAUCUUGGCUACAACAGGAAAAUGGUUCCAGUUAAACUUCUUAUUCUGGGAGCUCAGAACACUGGGAAAACAGCGCUGUGUGUUCGUUUCAUAACCAAGCGAUUUAUUGGUGAAUACGACCAUAAAAAGGAGGUGAACUACAAAUGCAGCCGGGUGGUGGAUCAGGAAGCUGUCGAUCUGGAGAUUCUGGACUUAACUUGGAAGGAGACCUCUGUAGCUUCUCUGGAGUCUUCCAUUCGCUGGGCUGAUGGUUUUCUGCUGCUGUACUCCAUCACACAGCGCUUCAGCUUCCUGGAGGUCCCACAACUCAAGACGCUCAUUGACCAAACCAAGCAGAAUCUGGUGGUUCCCGCGGUGCUGGUAGCCAAUAAGGCAGAUUUGGAAAUCGGCAGGCAGGUGACAACAGACGAAGGACAGAGACUAGCCAAGGAUUUAAGGUGUGGUUUCAGAGAGUUGUCUGUGGCUGAAGCAGUCCUAGCAGUGGAAGCAGCAGUGCUUCAGCUCGUCAGGUUGGUGUUGGAUCAGCAGCGCCCUCUGCCUGACCGUCGCUCCUACAUGUUGACUGUUCGUCACGCUCUGACCAGGAAACUGACCAGAUCUAAGACCAUGCAGUGGUGACAACAGCAAACAAACCCCCAUGGGAAAAAAACUGUAGUGUAUAAUGUUUUUUUUGUUGUUGUUGUUGUUGUUGUUGUUUGUUUGUUUUUUUUACUUUAGUUCUUUUAGUAUCAGAUAUCUCCCGUAUCUCACAUCCAGAUUGAGAGUUAUCGUGCAACGUCUGGGUUUCUGGAUUUAUGGGUGAUGAGACCAGGAUAUAAAAAAUAUAAACU